AUGUCGCGUUUCCUCACUCCGGCCAAGAUUGGCCUCUUGGCCUUGAUUGAGCUCUAUGUCGAAAAAGCCGUCCCCAUAUCGGGCAUGGUCGAUGUGCUCUCCUUCGUCACAUCGCAUCUCAUUGACGCCGAUACCACCCGCCCCGCCAACACCUCCAGCCGCUGGGCAAAGGCAGAGAGCACCGUCAGGCUCGUCAUCUCGAUUGCAGAUUUCGAAAAGGUGCUGAGUCCUCAUGCCGCCGCCUCUGGCAUACCCGGCCGGAGUCUCUGGUACGUCUUCCUCGACAAGUUAUGGAAGAUCAACUCGCUUGAUGCGCUGCACGACUUCUUUGAACGCCGUGGUGAGCUUCUGGCCAAGACAAAGGAGGAGCAACGGCGGGACGCAGAAAUGGAAAUCGAGCCACCGAGCCCUGAAACCAUCGUACUGUCUCGCAAUUCACCCUUUGGAGCUUUCGUGCGGAGGACGCAGCUCGAGUUCAGCAGACUGCGCUUCGAACAUGCGUAUCAGCUAUGGAAGGAUUUCGUCAAGUACCGCCAGACCACGGCGGCGUACUAUCGCAAGAAGACGCCAUCAUUUCAACGCUUGAGUUUCGACAACGUGCUGCUUGAAGGCGAGCAUACCUGGGGCCCGGGCCUUGAAGCUAUUGCCAAUGUUGCAUAUGGUGACAUGCUCAGGGACGACCCGAGUUCAACGUUGCCUGUCAGUACAGAUGAUAUCGAAAAGCUCUUGGAGUUUCAGAUCGAGCAAAUGCAGAAAUAUGGAAAUAGGAUACCUCUAGAAAUCCGACACCAGUUCCAUGACUUGUUGAACGACAGCUACAUGAUCCCAAGCUUGUCACACUAUCUCAGCUAUCUCGAUGCUUGGAGAGCUGGCGAUUACUCGACAUCUUUUGACUGCCUGCACAGAUACUUUGAUUAUACCAUGAACCACAGGGAUCGAUUAUUCUAUCAGUACGCCCUGAUGAACCUGGCAGUGCUCCAAUCCGACUUUGGCUGCUACAAGGAAGCAAUAGCUGCAAUGCUGGAGACUGUGUCAACAGCUCGAGAAAACCGGGACAUGACGUGUCUCAACUUUGCCUUGAAUUGGCUCUUUCAUUUCAGCAGAGCACACCCAGAGGUGACUCGCGAACUCGACUCGAACAAUAUGCUAGGUGACGGCAAGGAGUCCUUGGCCUUUCUCCGUGCCAAGGCCAAGGAGACGGGCAUGUGGACGCUCUGGAGUUCAGCUCUCGUAAGCGAGGCCAAGAUGAACCUUGCCAAUGGCGACAGCAUCGCAGUAGCUCUCGAGCACAUGGUGCGAAGCUCACAAAUUCUGGUGGAGAGAAAUAUGAAGAGCAUGAUGGGCUCGCAAAUGUCCCUCAACAUAGCACUUUGGGAUCGGUUAGGAGUGUCCUAUCUUUCUACAACAACCUGUGAGGUGUUCCUUCGUUGCCACGCAAGACACUCUGUCUUUGAUGAUGAGCUCAAGGUCACUAGUCGCAUAGCUUCCAUGCUUGCGUUUCGAGGCAGAUACGACGAAGCUCUAGAACGACUAGAGAGCCUCGACCCCAACUCGCUGCGAUCAUGGAAGCCCAGCCAAUAUUGGCACAAGUUUCGAGGGAUCAUAAAAUUAAGGCAGGAUCUACAUCGCAACAAUCUCGACGGUGCAGAACAUCUACUAUCACAACUUCUGCAGAACAAGCAAGAAGACCUCGAGCCUGAUCUCGCCCUCGUUAUUGAGAGUCUACACAUUGAGUGCCUCACCAGACGCGGAGACCUCAGAGCGGCCUUUGAGAAGGUUGAGAGACUGAUCUCUGAAUUACGAGAUGAGAAUAGUGAUAUUGCCCUGCGAGUACGACUAUUGCUGAUUAAAGCAGACUUGCUCGACAGAUGCGGCCGACCUCAGAAGGGCUUCACCAUUGCUGUUCGAGCUGCAAAUGUAGCUUGGCGUGCUCGGCUUAUACCAUUUCUCUGGCCAGCCAUCGGUGCGAUCAGCAAUAUUCUAGUCUCGCUUGGCGAUUUCGAGCCUGCAAUACAACUCCUGACCGCCAUCCUCCCACGCAGCCUGGAGUGCGAGAUUUCGGCCAUGACGGCGAAACUGUACUCGGUUCUGGGGGAUGCCAACAUGGGAAUGGCAGGCAAAAUGGCACCAAAAUCGAACAAGCGACGAGAAUACAUGACAAAGGCUGUCGAAGCCAUCCAAAAGGCAUUCGAUCACUACUCGAGUGUUCAGGACAUCACGAAGCAGUGCGAAAUGAUGGCCAAGAAAGCAACCAUCAUGAGAGUUGCCGGAGAGCAUGUUCUAGCAAAUGAUUACGCGGCGGCAUACUUGGCCCUGAGGCGAGAUGCUGCGCAGACAAAGAUAUGA